AUGCGUUUUCUCGGUCACAUUGUUCCACUCGCGUUCAUCAUCUUCUUGCCACUGGUUUGUGGCAAACCGGGCGAUCCAAUGAAACUGAAUUCUGUGGAUCAGACUCCAAUUCAUCUGGCCAAAACCAACGGCACCACGAGCAACGGAGUUGUCAGCACCGAACCGCACGACUCAACCAAGACCGUAAAAAAACCUCACGAGAGCUAG